UCUGUUAAUUUGUUCGUGAUGUAGCUGUAGAAAACUAUAGUUUUCUGUAAGCUAUAUUUUUUGUUAUCUAAAAAUGCAGUAAUUAAAUGAUUAUAUAUAUGUUGGUGUUAUUUUGGGUUGGUACAGUGAAUGCAUUUCCAAAGGAUGACCCAAGCAAACCUUGCAAGUUCACUGCCUUUUUGGGUUACAAGGCUGGCAUGACACACAUUGUUCGAGAGGUCGAAAAACCCGGAUCAAAGCUUCACAAGAAAGAGACGUGUGAAGCUGUCACGAUCAUUGAAACCCCUCCUAUGGUGAUUGCUUGUGUUGUUGGAUAUGUCAAGACACCUCGUGGUCUCCGCAGCUUGAACACUGUAUGGGCUCAGCAUCUGAGUGAGGAAGUCAAGCGUAGGUUCUACAAGCACUGGUACAAGUCCAAGAAGAAGGCUUUCACCAAGUACUCAAAGCAGUACGAGAGUGAAGAAGGGAAGAAGAGUAUUGAGGCUCAAUUGGAAAAGAUUAAGAAAUAUGCUACUGUUGUCAGGGUUUUGGCGCACACUCAGGUUUUAACAAUGUUUCAUUUAAUCAGGGGUUUGUGGUUUGAAAUAUCAGCGGUGGAGAGUGGGUUCCUUCUGGAUCCUCAUCGAGCUGCUUCCCGGCGAAGAUGA